AGCGAGUAUGAGACCAGACCGUUGUUCAUGCAUGUUACCAUGAAAGCGUCAAGAAGCUUACGAGUGCGUCUGCCAGCAUUGGUGUUAGUGUUAGAAGUCGUCAUCCUGACUCUUUAUGCUGUCUUUGUCACCUAUGACGACAACGCCAAUGCCAAGCUGCAAAGCAACGAGACCAACCCGAUGGACAAUAGCGUGUAUCGCGACUAUCCUUUCUUCGCUGACGUCCAAGUGAUGAUCUUCGUAGGCUUCGGCUGCCUGUUGGCCUUCUGCCGAUUCUACGGUUUCAGCGGAAUGGUUUUCAACUUUCUGACGGCCACCUUUGCAAUCCAGUGGGCGAUCGUCAUCCAAGGCUUCCUCCAGUUUUACCACGAUGGGAAAAUUCACCUUGGCGUUAUCAACCUGCUCUACGCGGAAUUUGCAUGCGCUGUGGUGCUUAUCUCCUUCGGGGCCGUGCUCGGGAAGACCAGUCCGGUGCAGCUCCUGGUGAUGGCUUUGCUGGAGAUCCCCGUGUUCGCCGUGACAGAGUGGGCCGUGUUGAAAUACAUCCGCAUAAACGAUGCCGGCGGCAGCAUUCUUAUUCACUUGUUUGCCUGCUACUUUGGUCUCGGCGUGACAUUUGUGCUGUAUCGGCCGGCCCUCAAUAACGGCCACUCCAAAGAAAUCACCAGCUACCAUUCGGACAUCCUGUCUGUCAUGGGAACCUUGUUCCUCUGGGUGUUCUGGCCCUCAUUCAACUCUGCGCUCACCUUAAAAGGUGACGAUCAACACAGAGCAAUCCUGCACACUUUUAUCGGCCUGAGCUCGUCCACUCUCACUGCAUUUGCACUUUCUACAGUGUUCAAUAAGAGAGGCAAGCUCACAAUGGCCGACAUCCAGAACGUGACUUUGGCAGGUGGCGUGACAGUCGGAGCGUCAGUGGACAUGAUGAUUUCUCCUUCGGCUGCCUACGCUUUGGGCAUCAUGGGCUGCACUGCUUGUUUUUUUGGAUACAAGUACCUCAGCCCCUUUUUAGCACGACGCCUGAGGAUCCAGGACCAGUGCGGCAUUCAUAAUCUGCACGGCCUCACGGGCCUCAUUUCAUCCACAGCCGGCAUCUGCGCCAUCCUGCUAGCCACUGAGGAAACCUACGGGCCCAGCAUGUACCAGAUCUUUUCCCACCGUGCUCCACCCGAGGGAGAUCCAAAGCUGCUGGAGCUUCAGACGCUGAUCCCCGGGUUGAAGCCAGGCUUGGGGCGUACGGCGCAAGAGCAGGCUCUGCACCAAGUCGCGGCGAUCUUUUCCACCAUUGCGGUUUCCGCUGUUGGCGGGGUGCUGACCGGUUUGGUCUUGAGGCUGCCAUGCAUGGCUUCCCCAUCUGAUGAGGACUGUUUUGAUGAUGAGGUGUUCUUUGAUAUGCCAUCAGAUUUUAAUAGAGUGGAAGAUAUCAAGAACUCUAUAACUGGCAAUGAUGGUGAUGUCCAUAAAAAUAAAUUAGCACCAUGAAAUCAAGAUCUUUGCAGCCAUACCAAUGCUUCACUGCCAUUCUGUUGGUAAAUAUGAGUCAUUUAUUGUGUGAUCUUUUGCUACAGUCGAUGUUAUGAUGUCAAUCAUUUUGACUGUUAUUUCAAUUGAUUUCAUACAUUUUUAAAGUAAAGGUGCAGACUAUUUUUU